UCAAGUGAGGGGCCGGGAGAGCCUUUCCAGCUCCAGUGACCUGUUGACUGUGAACGCAGACCCUGGAGAUGAAGACUCUGUUCCUGACCAUCAGCUUCUGCCUGGUUGCCACCCUGCAGGCCCAGGACUCCUCGCCCCUUGCUUUGAAUAGCAGGCAUUUUUCUGGAAAGUGGUUCAUGAGGGCCUUGGUGAUGAAAGAAGGGAUCCCGAUAGAGAAGGUCUCCCCCCUACUCGUGUUGGUGCUGGACAAUGGCGAUAUGGAGUUUUCUAUGGCACAUGCGAUAUACGGCCAGUGUUUUGAAGUGACCACCAUCUUGGAGAAAACAGAUGUGCCUGGCCAUUACAGUGCCUUUGAGGGCAAGAGCCACAUGCACCUGCAGCUCUCUUCUGUGAAGGACUACUGGAUGAUCUACUGUUAUGGGGAGGUGGAGGGCAUGAGCUUCACAACGACCCAGCUCAUGGGGAGGGACCUGAAGGAAAACCUGGAGGCCUUGGAAGAAUUUAAGGAGUUCACACAGAAACAGGGACUUUCACCAGAGAGCCUGGUCAUACCUGAGCAGAUGGAAAAAUGUGAAGCAAAGAGUCACUAAGAGCAUGGGGAAUGAAAGCUCCGAAGCAGCCCUGGGCAGUCCCGCCAGAACCUCUGCAGGACAUGGGAAGAGUGUCCUGCUAGGCCAUCUGACUUCUCUCAUCCCUAUUCUUCCCCCUCCCCCUCAAUAAAGAGCUUCAGCAGUC